UUGCGCUGAGGGGGAGAAACAGAUUCGGAAAGCGUGGCUGGGGACGGCGGGUGGUCUCCUCGCAGUCUUGUUGGCAUGUAGCUUGGCUGCCUUUCUUAACAGUAUUCAUCAUGAUAACUCCAGCAUUUGAACUUAGUCAGAAUCCAGAUUUCCUUAUAAUAACAAUCAAAGUACCUUAUGCACGAGUUUCAGAAUUUGAAGUCUAUUUUGAAGGGAAGGAGUUCAAAUUUUAUGCUAAACCUUACUUUCUCAGACUAGCUCUUCCUGGAAGAAUUGUGGAAGAUGGCAGAGAAAAAGCAUCAUAUGAUGACAAAGGGAUAUUUACAAUCAAGCUUCCCAAAGAGAUUCCUGGAGCAUACUUCGAAGGAUUAGACAUGUUGACAGCUCUGUUAGCUCCAAAGAAAUCCAGAUCAGCAAAACCUUUAAUUCAAGAGAUAGUUUCAGAUGCUGGAAAUGGUGAAGAGGAGGAGGCGGCGGCAGAGGAAGAAGAAUUUAAUUGGGAAAUUGAACAAACUCCCUAUGAGGAAAACAAAGAGGACCAGUUAUAUUCACCCUGUUGCUAUGGAUUUGGAAAUCAGAAAUCAGGAGUUUUUAGACGUCUUCAGGAAGAACUUAGUGAAGUUAUUGACCUUAAGAAUCCAGACUUAACGCCCACAAAUGAACGUAGAAAGAAACGGCGAGUGGCAGAGGCUGCCAAAUUUGAUCCUGAUCACUACCUUGCUGACUUUUUUGAAGAUGAAGCGAUUCACCAUCUAUUGAAGUAUAAACCAUGGUGGAUUAAAGCCUAUGCUAAAAAGAGGGAUUCUCAGAAACACAGUCCUCAAGAUGAAUUUAAUCAAACUGCAAUUGUUUCUUUUACAGAAGAAGAGAAAGAGCAGCUUAGAAAAUUCACUAACAGAACGUAUUUACUUGACAAAGGAACCUGUCACCAAGUAUAUCUGGGCUUGCUUGAUAUCCUUUUGGCAUAUUGCUAUGAAAUCUCUGCCACCGAAGGAGAGAAGAAUGUCGAAUCACCUUGGAAUAUCCGAAAACUGAGUGCAACUCUGUGCUGGCUGGAGAGCUUUACUACAGUUACAGAAGUCCUGGUAUCCUUUGGAAGAAGAGUUUUAUGCUAUCCACUCUACAGACACUUCAGUUUAGUGACCCGUGCCUUAAAUGAUACUAUAAUGAUACUACAACUAGGCAAAAGUGCAGUUUUGAAGUGUCUCUUAGAUGUUCACAAGAUUUUUCAAGAAAACGAUCCUGCAUAUAUUCUUAAUGAUCUCUAUAUCACUGAUUAUUGCAUUUGGAUUCAAAAAGCUAAGUCAAAGAAAUUGGCAGCCCUUGCUGAAUGUGUACUGAAAGCAGAGCUGAGUAAGGCCAAAUUAGGGUUUGAACUAGAUGAGCUGGAAACAGCAGCACAGCUUGUACAUAAGGAAGAAAAGGAGUUAAAAGCUGCUGGCACAGACGUUUCCAAGCAGCAGCUGCCUCCCUCAAAACGAGACGCGAGUGACUCUGAAGACUCGAGCAGCACUUCAUCAUAUGAGACAGAAGGCUCUGAUUCAGAUGAACAAGAGUCCUCAGCCAGCAAAGAUGGGAAAAUAAAUCCUUUACAAAGCACGCUCGGAGAGGAGAGGACAGCCCCACUUAUUGGCUGUAAUGGAUUAAGGCGAGACACAGACACUUUGACGUUGGAUGUUAGUAAUGAAAAAUCAAAGGAUGUUUUACAAUCUACAUCUGUUCCUGGGAAACUGAUAGAGGAAUUAGAAAAACAAAUGAAAGCUGCAGUUAGGCUUACAGAGCAGCCUGAAGGAUCGCAUCCUGAAAGUGACAGCUGUGGCUCUUUGCAAGAGAUGGGAACGAGCUGCACAGCUGAAGCCCAAGAACUUUCGUCAGAGCGUAAUGGAGACCGGUAUUUCUUGGAGGUGAUGGCGAAGCCCAGCCCUCUUCUGUUUCUGGGCACCACAAAUGAAGAUGAAGCUUCUUAAGCAAAUAUGGGAGGUAUGGGUUCCAGGCCACUCCAACAGACCUUAUUAAAUCUAAGGAAGGAUGUUCAGGCUUCCAUUUUUUAUUUCAUUUUUUUGUUUUUGUUCCUGGUUUCUUGAUCAAAAGCCUAUGGAGAAGACAGUGGACAAGAUGAUCAUAAACCCUGUCUGGUACAUCGGCAACCAACAUUAAUAAAAUUCUUGUGCCUGUAUUUAUGGCUUCUGUGACCUUGUGUUAGUAUUGAAAGGGUGUCAUUCUAUGAGGUUAGUAUUAUUAGAAAAGCAUAAUCAAAUUGACUUUUAGUUGACUUUUAAAGUAAAUUGUUGAAAGUAACUAGUAAAGACAAUUUCAAUCAGUAAUCUUUAUAGAGAAUUUCAUUUUAACUAGUAUGUGCUUAGAUUUUAAAAUCUAACUUGGUUUCCAACUUUUAAAAAUAUUUGCUCAUGGUACAUCUAUUUAUGUGUGUUACACAAAAGAGUGUCUACAGAGUAUACAAAUAUAUUAUCAGGGUACAGCCUUGAAAAUUCAGGCACUAAUCUCUAAUAAUAGCCAUCCAUCAUAGUUGUAUACGUGAUGUGUUCAGUGUCCACAUGGUCUCAUCCUGUGCAUUGGUUACUUAGAAAUAAAUCCCACUUGGAUAAGUGGGCAUAUUGUCGGCUUAGGUAUAUUUAGAAUGGGAUGAUUGAUCAUCUGUGAUCUAUAUUGGCUGUUUUAGGUGUAUGUUUAAAUAAUACAAAUGGUGUUGUAAAAUCAUAUUUCAGUUUCAGUGUGAUCAUUUGGUUUCAGAUCAUCAGCCACCCUGAAGAUUAAGGUCCAAAGGCAUGGUGGGAAUGUAUAAACAUUUGAAACAGUAAAUUACCUAACUAUGCUGGUAUUAUUGGGACAAUGAGAGAAGGUAGGGUCAAGCAAAGGCCUGAAAGGUGGGAAACAGUCCAGAGCUGUCUACAGGCUUC